AUGCUUCUUCGAGCGCCAUUGGCACCGAGGCCGCUGUCGCCAAAGACGUGCGCUCGCUUGGUCCCUUCUGUAUAUACGCCAUCAACGAUAUGGCGGUCUGCAUCGUCAAUCGCUCGCAAGCAGCCAUCCGUUCUCGCAUCCACGCGCCUUGUACAUGACUACAGACUCGCCCGCACAUCUGCCACUAGCUUCUACACACCAGAACGCGCCCACAUCAGGCAUGCGACCAACUUGGCCUCGAGAACAGCCAUCAACCCUCCCUCAAACGUUCCCGCAGAGCACCAACAACUCUACGCAUCUCUGGACCGUCUGAAGGAUAUCGCCAGCGACUAUGUCAACCAGAGUAGACUACAACUCGCCCUAAGGGGACUGGAGACCUCGCGACCAACUGUGAGAAUUGGUCUGCUUGGUCUGGGACAAGACGGAGACGUGGCUGCCAGGAAACUCGCACGUGUCUUGCUUGCCGAUGCGCUGGGAGAUGAGGGUCAGUGGGAGAUGAUGCUGAAGCAGCCAUCGCGAGACGGCAAGCCUCUGCUCCUGAGAUACGGAGCCGAAGACGACAUGCCGCCCAUGAACCCGCUCGUCAACGAAUUGAACAUCCCCUCACGCGUCCUAGAAAAGAACAACCUCGAGAUCCUCAUUACAGCCCUCAACACACCCAGCGGUCCCACUAUCACCGCUGAUCCGUCAGGCCUGGCAGAGGCCAUCUUGGUACCUCCGUUGCAAACACCCGUCGCUUCCUCUGGCCGUACCGGCUUCGUGCGCUAUCCCGUCCACAAGGCCAUCGUUGUCGGAGAAGGAAUUCAAGGAUGCAUGGACUUUGGCCGUCUCUCCAGUGCUCUGGAAGCCACAACUCUAGGAGUUACGGGCGCACAACAGGGUCUCAUCCAGGUUGCUCUAAGUGUACCACGCGAUAGCCCUCGCACCCAAACCAACGACACUGGUUUGAUAAGUCCCGUCGACAUCGACCAAGCUGGAGCUGCUCUCGAUCUUUUCCGUCAGGACGUUGCCAACAGCGCCAUCUUUAACACGAAAUGGCAAGCCAGCAACAUCCAGGCCAUCAUCAAAUUCCUGGCCUCGGACCCUAUGGACCCUAUCACUGGCGAUUCGAUAGGCCUAAGACCAACUCUGCAAUCACACAUCCGCUCUACUCUUGACUCUGCAGCCGAUGCCAUUGCUCUUUCCGAACAAGUCGCCAAUAAUGCUGUAGUCUCUAACAGCAUUUCCGACCAAAAACGUCAGGAAAUCUCUCAAGCAAUCUCAGCCUGGGCACAACACGCACAUACUGAUUUACAAAUCUCCCUCGCCAAUGCACUAGACUCACGAUCAUGGCGACGAACAACUUGGUCUCGGCUUCUGUGGCGUGUGGACGAUGUAAACGUGGCCGCCGAGGAAGUGCUACGCUCACAUUGGCUGCUUGACGCAGAAUCCACCCUUGCUUUCCUUGCUGGUAGAAUCGAACAAGCAGGUUUCUUCCGCAGCAGAGGCGGUGUGGCAAACUUCAACCCCGACUACGCCAUGCACGCUUCCGACCGUGCAGUCGACACAAAGACUGGCGAAGUCAUAUCGAAGGAAAGAGCUUUCCUGGCUCCCUCUCAAGCUUCUUCUGCGCCGACAACAAAAUCUUCGAAAGGAUUCUUCGGCAAAUUCUUCACUGACAAGGUUGCUCAACCUAGCGCUGCUGACCUUCUCAACACACAUGCCCUUACAGCAAAGGUCGCGCAGACUGGUGGAAUCGAUAUCUUCCAUUCGAGACCUUGGCCAUUGGCUAUUCACUUUACACGUCAAAAGCUCUUGCACACUUUAGUGCCGUCUUUACAAGCGCGUGCUCAGUCACUACUCGCUCAGUCCCUUACUACCAUCGGCGCGACAUCUGCUUUGGGCGUGUGGCUCUACAUUGCCACUUCAGGAACCAUGCUGGCCGAAUCUGGCGCUAUCGCAGCGCUAGGUCUUGUCUGGACCCUACGCCGUCUCCAAAAGAAAUGGGAGGCCGAGAGGGAGACUUGGGAAGCCGAGGUCCGCGAGCAUGGAAGAGUUGUUCUGGCCGAAGUUGAAGAUGUACUGAGGUCGGUGGUUCGAGAAAAUGAGAGGGGUGUUUUGAGGACUUCUGACCUCGAAGACUGGAGCAGAGCCAAAGAAGCUCUGACCGAGGUCAAGAGGGCUUUGGGAGAUGUCGAAGAGGUAGAAGAAAAGGUGCAAGAGAUCGGUGUCAAGGUUUAA